GCGUGAUGUAACCUAAAAACUGGGGCUCAGAAAUAAAAUUGCCUCGUUCUUUUUUUUGAAAAGAUAAGAGAAAAUGGUUGAAAAUAAUGAUUUUAGUGAAAAUAUGCAAGAAAGCGAAGAAAAUGAAAAAGAAGAUGAGAGAAAAAUCGACUCAUGGAUGAUUCGACCUUGUGAUAGAUACAGAGACGAAUACAAGGAUUGUACAAGCAUAAAAGCUCGCUUUCAUCAAUAUUUUGUUUCCGGAAAAUACGCAGAUUGCUCGCAGUGGAAAAUAGAUUUUAACAAUUGCGAAAAGUGGACCUCGAAAAAAGAUUAUACAGCUUACCAAGAAUUAGUAGCAAGUGAAACGAAUCGAAGGUUGAAAAGAUUAAGGGCUCACUAUGCAAACAACGUUUGGAAAAAGAGAGAUAAACCACCCGAAGAUUGGAACAAACCUUUGCCACAAUGGUUGCAAGAAAGGAAUGCCACUUCUUAUUUAGAAUUAAAAAAUAGAGAAUCUAAAAUAGAAGCCGGACAACCCAGGGAAUACAAAAUGUGCACUAUUUUAUAGUAACGUAAUUUAUUUUUAAUGUAAUUUUAUUUAUAAUUGAGAAUUAAGGAGAGGACUGAUUCUUUCGACUCUAGAUUUUUCUUUGAGUUUGCCUAGCGACUCAAGGUUUGA